AUGUAUGGAUAAUUUUACGACUUCAACCAUUUCAAUUUACGACUACACGUCAGAAACAUGGCCGACAGAAUAGAUGAUACAAGCUGGGUAACAGAUUUGGAAACAGCACUUGUUGAAAGUUGUGAUUUUGGAACUCUUAAGAACAUUUGUAAAUGUAGACCUGUUCCAGAUCACUUGAGACCAGAGGUUUGGCAGAUUUGUCUUAGUGUGCAGAGUAAAGGAGAUGCUCUGAAUUCAUUUGAUGGAUUGUAUGAUCUUGAUGAACAAGGGUUAAUUAGAGAAGAUUGCAAAGCUCUAGUUGACAAACUGGGAAAUGAGGAGGAGGACAAAGUUUCAGUGGUCAGUGAUUUAGAAUCCAUCAUUACAUUCUUUUCGAAAUCCAGAAAUGAGAAAUAUAUAUCAGACAACGGAUGGCUUGAGGUCAUACAACCCUUGCUGGCACUUAAAUUAACCAGAUCCCAGCUCUAUAACUGCUUCUAUUCCAUUAUCAACAAGUUUAUUCCAAGGGAUUGUGUCAAAGGAGGAAAACCAUUCCAUUUGUUUCGCUUGCUCCUUCAGUACCAUGAUCCCGAGUUGAGCUCAUUUCUGGACACAAAGAAAAUCAUGCCCGACCUUUACUGCCAUUCAUGGUUCAGAAGUUUGUUUGCUGCACCUUGUGAUCUACAAGUCAUACAGGUGAUGUGGGAUGUGUACUUUCAAAAUGGAGACCAAUUUCUAACAUUUUUUAUGGCUCUUGUCAUCCUAGUUAAUGCAAGAGAUCAAAUUUUGGCAGGAGAAGUGGAUUCAAAGCAGCAAAUUACAGAAAUGCUGACAUCCUUCCCCUCAGGUCUGGAGGCAGAGGACAUUGAGGAUUUCUGUGCAUUAGCACAGUACUAUGCCACCAAAACCCCACAGUCUUUCAGAAGGGAUUACCAGAGUCCAUUAUUUGGUAACAGUAUGACCCCAGGAGAAAAGGAGGAUGAUUUACAAGUUUCACAGGCAUUAUGUUUACCAGUUUCUGUGUCAGAACUUCUUCAGAGCAACAGCCAAGCAGGAGGUGAUGGUGUGCGAUAUUUUGUGGUGGAUUGUCGACCUGCUGACCAGUACAACAGUGGGCAUCUGCGUACGGCAUUCCAUCUAGACGCAAAUCUUAUGUUACAGAAUCCCAGAGAGUUCAGUACUGCUGUGCAGGCUUUGCUUGCAGCACAACAACAGUCAAUAUCCUCAGGAUCAGUAGCUGGAGGAGAACACCUUUGUUUUAUCGGCAGUGGACGGGAAGAAGAAGAUCAGUAUGUCCAUAUGGUCAUAGCCAAUUUCCUACAAAAACACUAUCAAUAUGUCAGUUUUGCCAAGGGAGGCUAUCAAAGUUUACAUGAAAUAUUAAAGGACAGAUUAUCAGAGGGACUAACAAGUCAUAAUCCUAAACACUGUAUUGUGUGUAACCCAGAGGCAUGCAACAGCUCAAGUGAUAUGGAGAAUGGGGAAGAUUUUCAUAGAACUCAAAAGGGGGAGGAAAAUGGGGAAUCAUUUUUUGGAAAAUUAACCUCUACAGUUAAGAGCAAGUCAGCUGUGAUGAAACAAAAGUUAACAGACUACAUUAAAAAUGAGCAUCAAAUACAGGAAAGGCAUGUCAGUAAUACAGACCGUGUGGGCAAGAGAUACAGAAACAUGGCCAAUGUUUUUUCUAUUGGUGAUGAUGAUGACGGUGAUGACCAAGCUGGGAACUCAUCUGAUGAUGAAAGAAAGGAAGUUGUAAAUGUGGAAGUAUGGCUAAAGAAACCUGAUGUCAGAUACUCCUGUAAAUGUCAAGAGGUCAUUGGUAAUGGAUACAUGUUUCCAAGUUAUGUUCUGGUGACAGACAGUCAUUUGUACGUACUUCGAGAAAUUCCAAACCGGAAAAAUAUGGCACAUAUUCAGGCAAGACGGGCUUUAGGAAGUGUUGUAAAAAUUACAUCCAAAAGAAAACACCCAGACUUUAUCACAUUCAAGUAUGGGUCUGUUGAUGGAGAGGUUAUUCAAGUAACAGACAUUGACCGAUUUCUAAUGCCACAAGCACCGGAGGCAACUAAAGUUAUCAAACAACAAAUUAUUAAAGUAUUGGAUGCACUGGAAAGCUGAGUUGUGGUUCUAAAACUUUUCUGUUUUGGGUGCACAGUGUAUAAAUGUAUUAUCAUUCAGAACAAAUAUUGACUAUAGUCAAAGAUGUUGAGAUUGAUUGACAAAGUAAUAAUUCAUGAUAUGUACUAAUGCCCUGUACCUAAUUCGAUGGGCAUUUGCAAUGUUCUUACUCUUUAAGAACUUUUGGAAGUUUUCCAUCUUAUUCUUUAGUUGUUUAACAAAAUUUCUGCUAUUAUGA